UUUGGCUCUGGAUGAAGAAUGAGCGUCUUCUUCCAUUCUCUCAGCCUCACCGUUAGCAUGUCUGGACCAAUGAUGGAGAAGAGUCCAGUGUCCAGUCUCACGCUCAACCUCAUCACCUCUCACAACGACCUCCUGUCCCCGAAGAGCCGCCAGAUUUAUGCCCACACCGACCUGCAGAGCGCCAUGGGGCUGGUCAGUGCGGAGCUGGGCGGGGGCACCCCGUCCGAACACACCAACCCCAAGUGGUUGAAGGAAGGGCAGAACCAGCUGCGCAAAGCGGCCGAGCACGAGAAAGAGGACCAGAACUGCAACCCGGACCCGGAACAAGGCAACAAAGACUGGACCAACUGGAACCAAGAGAAGAGCAAUAGAUGCACCAAGCUGGAAGAACUGGAAGUAUCUGCGCUGAACUGCGUCAAUCGCAGCGGUGUCAUCAACGCAUCACCGCUGCUCAUCCAAGACGGAGAAGACGAGGAAGACGAUCUGACGCCGCCUCAGAGCGAGCUCACCGAUCCCGUCACCACGGAGACCUCUGAACAGAGCUCCGAGGUUCAGGAGAACGGCAAAGAGACGACCGACGGCCCCAGAGACACUGGACGCAGCGCAAGUCUGCUAUUCGGAAUGAGGAACACGGCCGGAAGUGACGAGGACUCCAGCUGGGCGACUCUGUCACAGGGCACCCCGUCCUAUGGGUCCCCGGAUGACACAGAUUGUUUCUGGCCGAGGAAUGCCAUGGACACAGACUCUGACCUUCCCUCCGGGUGGGUGAGGGUGCAGGACACUUCCGGAACAUACUACUGGCACGUCCCCACCGGGACCACACAAUGGGAGCCGCCAUCCGACCUCAACGGGGAGCCUAAGAUGUAUUCCCCCAGCACUGACCUCACCCCGACAGAGGAGGAAACAUCACAGGAGCAGUUGUCAGAUUACAAUGACUUAGAGGAGGUGACCUUCCACAUCCAUGAUCUCCACCUCAGCUCUGCAGACCAAGGAGAAGACCAGGAGUCUGUACAGAGCUCGGGGCCCGGGCCACAGACAUUUUCGGUACUUUCUCUCGGUUGGGUGGAAAUGACAGAGGAGGAUUUGGCUCCCGGAAGAAGCAGCGUCGCUGUAAACAGCUGCAUCAGACAGUUGUCACUCCACAACCAGAGCCUGACCCAGGGGAAGGACAUGCUGCUGGUCUUGGAUGAGGAUUCCCUGAAGCUCUACGACUCCGCCGGAGAGACUGUACUCCACUCUCAGCCUAUUGUCAGCAUCCGAGUGUGGGGAGUGGGACGGGAUGAUGGGAGAGAGAGGGACUUCGCUUACGUCGCCAGAGACAAACUGACACAGCUGCUGAAAUGUCACGUGUUCCGAUGUGAGGUCCCCGCCAAGGCCAUUGCCACUGGUCUGCAUGGGGUCUGCUCCCGCAUUAUGGCUGGGAGACGCGGCCCCCGGUCCCUGGAGGAUGGACUUUUCCUGGACCAGUCUAGAAUGGUGGACAUUCCUUUCCAAGUUGAGUUUCCAGCCCCCAAGAAUGAACUGGUACAGCACUUCCAAGUAUACUAUCUGGGGAACGUUCUUGUCAGCAAACCUGUGGGAAUGGAUUUGAUAAACAACACCCUGCAGACAGCACUCAACUCUGAUAGAGCCGGCUGGGUUCCUGUUACGGUGAAUGUGGCAUCAGCAACAGUUACAGUCUUACAUCAGCAGAGCGAGGAAACCCUCUGCGAGGCCCGCGUUCGUUUCCUGUCCUUUAUGGGUGUCGGACGCGACAUCCACACGUUCGCCUUCAUCAUGGCGGAGGCUCCAGGGAUAUUCGUGUGCCACAUGUUCUGGUGCGAACCCAAUGCGGCCCACCUGUCAGAGGCGGUACAGGGUGCCUGCAUGCUCCGCUAUCAGAAGUGCUUGGAUGCACGGCCUCAGAGCUCCUCCUGCCUACCCACUCCUCCUGCUGACUCCGUUGCUCGUCGGGUGGGCUCCUCUGUCCGCCGAGGGGUGCAGACACUACUUGGCUCCUUCAAAAACAAGCGCCCCGGUUACGCGACGUCUGACGUAGAAGCGGCUGUAGGAUUCGCAUCCACCGGCUUUGAUGAGACGGAUGCCUCUCGGAUCAUUCAGAAUUCAUUGCCGGAGCUACUGACUUGCGUUUGA